AUGGAAGUUUGUUAUGUAGAAGUUGGAAAGAAAGAUCAUGAAGAUUUGAAAUAUAAUAGAGAAGUAAAAAUAGAACAAAAGGUUGAUGGUAAAAAUAAGGACAAUGAUAAAAUAUAUGCAAAAAGAAUGGGAUUUACCUGGAAACAUUCAAAUAAGAGAAACAAUAGUUAUAUGGAUGAUAGUUACAUUGGAUUUAUUCAUGGUGUUGAAGUUGUUGUUAAUA